AUGUCUGGACUUCCACCUCUCAACGCUGAAACCGGCACCCCCUCCCACGAGUGGGCUGCGAAGACGACCUCUGCGCUCGACCCGAACCCUGUCACGCCCCCCGCCGCCACCAUGAACCCGACUACGCGCCAGCUCUUCGAAGAGAAGAACCUUCGCCCGGGUACCACCGCGACCGAGACCUUAGGCAACCCGCCACCACCAUCGCUGCCACUCGAUACUCCAGGACGCGAGGUCCCUGGCGCGUAUCCUAGGGACGGUGAACUGCAGGCCCGCGGCGAGGAUAUCACCCAGACCAUGUCGCAGCACGCAAGCAACGCCACUGAGACUGCGAGCAGUUUCGCCCACACUGCGCAACAGGCAGCGGCUACAUACUUUCCGAAGGCAGCAGAGGCCGUUGGAGCAUACCUCCCGAAGAGCGUUAUGGACACCGUCUCAUCCUAUGUCCCCGGCGUCAACAAUCCACAAGGCGAAGUCCGCGCGUCCGAACACGAUAAGCCGCACGCAACCUCUCUUCCGUCGACCGAACUCGCCGGCCAUUUCACUGGGGAGCGCACUGACGGUGCCGGUGCGUUGCCAGGUCCAGUAACGGAGAGUGAGGUGUCGAGGCUCCCCGACGAACGUAACGCGACCGUCCCGACCGCCGGUAACAUGGCUGCAGUUGCCGCCGGUACCGCCGCCGUCGCCACCGGUGCAGCGACUGGUUAUGCCUAUUCAGCUGCACAGUCUGCAAAAGACAACGUUCAGGGUGCUGCUGGAGCAGCUAAGGAUACCGUCGUUCAAAGAGCGUUGUCAGGCCCUGUUAGCAGUUCUGGUACCACCGCCGUCACCACCAAAUAUUCGCUGCCCUCAGAAGAGGAGAACGGUGCGAAGCCUUUCGAGCAUACAGACGGCGCAGGUGCACUACCGGGUAACAGGACGGAGUCGAGUGUCGCGACGCUCCCAGAUGAGAAUACGCGCGGCACUAUUGCCACUUCUGCUGGUGCCAGUCACCGUGCUGGGGGUGUAGGCGCAACUUCCUUGCCGACUAACGAAACAUCAGGCGCUCAGCCCUUCGAGCGUAAUAACGGUGUAGGUGCUCUCCCUGGCAAGUCCACAGAAUCCGGUGUCGCAAAACUGCCAGAUGAGAAGCACGGUGGCGACUUCAAAGAUACUGCUGAGCUCGCCGGCGCCGGCGCCGCUGCUGCAGGCAUGGGCAAAUGGGCCCUCGAUGACCGCAACAAAACCCAGCAGCCUACCAAGGUUGGUGAGGACACUCACCUCGCCGACUCGGCCAAGGCUGCCGGCAUGCAGAAGUCGGGUGCUUCGUCUCAGGAGCCCGUGAAGGAAACCCAACAGGAGCCUGCGAAAGGAGCACAUCAGGAGCCUGCCAAGGAGAAGAGCCAAGAGAAGUCCACGCGCGUCAAGUCGAACCAAUUUCGGACGAAGUGGCAUUGGUUGAUCCUGGCCCCGGCGCGUCGCUCAUGUCCGCCAAAGGAUGUCCGCUGGCAGUCCGACGCUCGUGCGACUUCCGAGAACGCCGGCCGUAAUGAGCAUCCGACAGAGGAGCACGGUGCUGGUCAGGUACGCGAGGGUUGGCAAGAGAAGCAGGCAAAUCUGCUCAAGCCGAACCUCUCACCACGCACACAUGUCCUGGGCAGUGAGGGCGCCCAAUGGGCAGGUGUCGACGUCGGUACCGCCAGUUUUUGCGGAUCGUGGCGUAUGACAAUUAUGCUGACUGAUGAUCUUCAGGGUGACGGCUACGAUACCGACUAUCAUCCGUCUGAGCUACACCCUGCGAGCGCAGACUAUUCGAAGGAGCACGCCGAAAUGAAUAAGGACGAUGCUGAGGACCAAGAUGGCGGUCCUGGUGCAAAUAAUACUGAUAGCAAACAGCCAGCCAGCACCGGCGCUACGCCUGCCACUGCUGGGCGCGAUGAGGCUGCCCGCGAGGACAAGGAGCAAUCGCAGCAGGAAGAUAAUGACAAGGACGCGCACCCCGACAAGGCGAAGAAGGUGGGAUUCAUGGCGAAGAUGAAGGGCGAGGCGAAAGUUCUGCUCGGUAAGGUCGAGGGCAAGAAGGGGAAGGUCGAGGAGGGCCAGAAGAUCAAGGCUGGUGAGGCCGCGCACUAA